UAUUGUUGUCAGUAACUGUUGCUGUGUUUUCAGAGUUGUUAACCUGCAACACAGUCAUGCCAUAUCAUCAUUUAUUUAUUUGUUACCUCUGAAAUAUUCAAAGAAUAAUGUCAUUUUGAUGGAUUGGUUGCUGGCGUGUCAUGUUUUGGGACUAACCAGAAUGCGUAGCUGAUGCUGCGAAGAUGACAUCGAGAAAACUAAACUUUAACGAUUCAACUUCAAGUUCCGAUGCUGGAGACAUUUUAAUCCGCUCAACUAGAGUUGGGCUUCAAGAGCAAAACGGGCGCAUUCAAAGAACAACACAAGAGAGCAACGUUACAUCUAUUUCAAGUUUGGGAAGCCAGCACAUUAAGAUUUCUGUGAGGAAACUUGAUGACUUCUUCCAGCCCUCUUCAAAUGAUGAAACCUCUAACUCUAGUUCAGUUGGGCACCCAUUAGUGUCUGAAGAUCUCCGGGCAAGCAAGCAACCAGUCCUUUCGAAAGAGAUCAGAAUGCAAGCAGUGAGAAAAGAAUCUCCAGUACCAAGAAGGCAUGAGAUCCCUGAAGUGCAAACACAUGUUAGCCAGGCAGGGGGCAGUGGACACAAAGCAUGUUUUUCAGCAGCAAGACCUGAUGUAGUGAUAUCUACCUAUGCUCCUGGUGGCAAGGAGGCAGUUCGAGCAGCCAUGAAACAGAGAUCUCAGAGUGCCCCAGUGAAGCGGCAGGUGAAAGUGAAGCUGCUGGAUCAGAGUGCAGCACUGACCCCAGAGCUGCAGAGCGGUCAGCAGCCUCAGCCCAGCCAGGUCUGGCUACCUGCCACAGAGGACCAGCAUGCUGCAACCACAGCUGCAGCUGUUACUGCUGCUGCUAUCGCUGCCACUGCUCCCAUUAUGAAGGCUCAAAGUGACAUGGAGGCAAUGAUGGCGCGGGUGGCGUCUGAGCUGAGGCGGCUGCAGGAGAUGGGCAGCGGUGGCGGCAGGGUGCAGGAAGGGGGCGCCAGCGAGCGUGUGGCCCAGCUGGAGCAGCAGCUAAGCGCCCUCACACAGCAGAGGCUGCAGCACCUGGAGCUCAUCCAGAACCAACAGCUGGAGCUGCAGAACCGUCUGAUGGGUUCCGCUCUGGAUGUAGUCACAGGCAGGGCCUUGGCUCUUGCACAGCGUCCCCAGCCUGCGAGUGCUCCCCCUGUGAUGGUAAACACACCCCAAACAAAAAACAACCCCAGUGUGGACAAAUAUACAUCUGACAAAGCCUUCAGAGCCUCAGGCAGCCAAUUGGAGGAUCAAAGAGGCAAAAGUCGGAGCCCUCUGGAGACUCCAGCCCCCCGCAAGGUGAUUCCCAAACCCGUCCGCUGGAACAGUGGAGGGCAGCCCCCAAACCAUCACGCGCCCAAAGCAUCAAAGCAGUCACGUCCAGAGAAAGGAAAUGGCAGACUUCUGGAAGACAUCCUUAACAACCAGCGAUCUCCCGGGAGGAGCACACGGUCUGUUGGGGGAAAGCAGGUUGCUAUGGCAACAGCGGAGCACCAAACAGACAAAAACAGGGUAGACCAGUCUCGACGUGACAGGACCUCCCCCGGCAGCUCUCCGGCAGAUCUAGGGGAGCUCUCAGGAAGGAGGCCCCAGGACGUGCAGCCCAGGCUGGGCGGGACUGAGCCAGGGCGCCUGUCUGGAGCAGAGGCUGCGGAGGGCUCCAGCUCCGCUGUGAAGAAGGCGAACGAGAUGCUGCAGGACCUGGGCCGACUCAAGAGCGAGAUGCAAACCCUGCUGCAGGCGCAUGAUGCGUUUCCUGUGGAGCGCAGCAGGAGCACCCUCAACUCGGCGCCAGCUCCAGCUCCAGCUCCAGCCGCCACCCCUCCCCCGCCCGCCGCCGUCUCCAUGCGGCCUCAGGGGGCUUCAGCUGUGUUCAUGCCCACAGCGGUGCCUCUCAGUCGGCCAAGUCUGCUGCAGAAGCACCCGGCCCCACCCUCCAUGUUCGAGGACGCCGGCCGGGUACUGAGGGAGGUGCGCCACAGCCGGAAGGUUCUGGAAGACAACCUGGAGGCCCUCCUGCGGGCACGAGACGCUGACGCUCUGCACUGGCAGCUGGAGGCGCUGGCCAACAACAGAGAUGACAGUGAGGAGCUGCGUAUCAGGAGGACUGUCGAUGCCUGGAUCAACACCUUAAAUAAAGAGAUUCAGGACGAGCUGGUGCGGGAGGAAGUUGAAAGGGAGCGCAGCAGAGAGGCUGCCCAGCAGGCGAGCGGGGAAGGCAAGGCGGUCGCAGCAGGCUCCUCCGACCCCAGGCCCGGGGCCAAGAGAGGCCCCCAGGCAGCAGCCAGCAAGAGGCCCCUCCACAGAAGCACCAGGGGCCAGGAGAACAGGCAGCCGCCAAACAAGCAGGCUCUCCCAAGCUCCUCCGCACACACCACCCAGCAGCAGCAGCAGCAGCAGCCAGAGCAAAAGCCACAUGCGAUUAGGGAGGUGGAUGUGAGAGUGGACAGAAGGGACGAUGAGGAGUUCCUGUCCAAGAUCUACGGGAAGGCGCUGUACGAGGGCCACCGGCGGACCCUGAAGAAAGGCCCGUACCUGCGUUUCAGCUCUCCGUCGCCACAGUCAAAAGCCCAGCGGCCCAAAGUCAUCGAGAGUGUCAGAGGUGUGAAGAUGAAGUCUUCUAAGACCCAGACGAGUCUGGAGCCUGUCCCAGCCCCAGUGGCGUCUGAGCCCCGGUUCCUCUUCACCCCUACUGGGCCUGCGGACCAGCAGGACCCAGCCUCCCCAUGCAGGGCUACCUGAUCCCCAUGGCCAUCCCCCUGGGCCAGCCCAGGGUGGGCCGGCCAGCCCCC